AUGGCAGCCACGAGUAGUAUGAACGCUGAACGCAGCAUCAUUUCCAUUAAAAUAGGAAUAGCUCCAACACAAGCUGCACACGACGCUAGCAACGCGCCCCACGACGGCAGCGGCGGCGCUGAGGUGGUUACCGAGGACAGGGAAAAGCCUGCAGCCCGACAGGCCACGCGCAAGAACCGGCUAUCCCAGCCACCCCUGCUAGCCCCAAGGCCUCCGUGUCUCCCCGACUACUAUUGGCGACGAGGAACCUAUUCUGCCGGGGGGGGGCCAUUGGAGCGGCCUCACCGCUUUGCAGCGUCUGUGGCCGCUCACCGACUCGUCUGCAAAAGGACGCCGCCUGACGAAUCGCUACGCAGCAAGGGGGACCUGGAGGGUUGA